CCUACAAUGAUGCAUUUGAGAAUGCCUUAGAUUUCGGAUCCAAAUCCCACAGUGACGAAGUUGCAGCAGCAGCACCUUCCACCUCCACAAGACCACUGCCACAAUUCCGAUCAGUAACUUCCACGGUGCAGACACUCACGACAACUCCGACCACCACGCAACAUCUCCACAACAAACCGCCGCUACUUAAACCAGUUUUUCUGUUACUGGUGGCGAGUGAGUUCUCUUUCGAUAAACCCUAAAACUGAAAUGUGAAAACUGCAUUUCCCAAUUUCUCAUGGCAGCAGCGCGAGAAUUUUCCGCAGCGGUGUUCUCUUGCUCAAAGCUUCACGCUUCACUUUUUCAACGUCUCUUCCUUCGUAGAAAGAGUUCCAAGGUUUUUGUCAAAGGUUUAGCAUUUUCUACUACAGAGGAGAAAUUAGCAGAAGCUUUUUCUCAAUAUGGAAAUGUCCUCAAAGCUGAUAUAGUAUUGAAUAAAGCCAAGAAUAGAUCCAAAGGUUUUGGAUAUGUGACUUUUUCAGAGGAGGAAGAAGCCCGCAAAGCACAGAUUGACAUGAAUGGAAAGAUAUUACACGGGCGUGUGUUAUAUGUAGACAUGGAUUCACCUGACGAGCAGAAGAAAACUUACAAGCAUGCAACUAAAACUACAAAUGCUGAUGAUGAUAGUGCAUAUGAAUUGAAGUAGACAAAAAGACCUAUAAGGUAAGACAGCACCUAACCCAAGGAGGGAAUGAGCCAUAUCUCAUCCGAGCGCUUCUGGUUGAUAAUGUUAUUGUAAAAGUUACAUAUUUUAAUCCACCAAUUAAUGUAUAAACGUAACACGAUUGGCCAAUCAAUAACUAAUACUUUUGCUCAAA